AUGGCUAUUAAUCCAAAUUUGGUUGAUGGCGAGAUAGUAGUCGAUCGGAAUCUAUUUUAUGAUAUACCUUACAGCGUACAGAUAAAUUCCAGCUACUCAAAAAUAAUAUCAUGGCUCAGACCGACCAUGCUAUGGGUCAUGACAUUACUAGCUGAGAGACAGUGGUGUGUCACUGUCUGGGGAAUGGUCUCGACUUCGUAUUACUUCCAGCCUAUGGCAGCAUUUGUUAAUAUCGCCGCUAGGAUCACCGUUAACCUGAACGUUUUUGGUUUGAGGCCAAUGAGGCCAUAG